UCCCCCUUUCUCUUCAGUCCUCUUGCUAUUAAUCCCUCUUAUCAUAUUCUCUCUCUCUCUCUGCGACGCUAUUUUAGAAUUUCUGAAACAUGCAGAUCUUCGUCAAAACCCUCACCGGCAAGACCAUCACUCUCGAGGUCGAGAGCUCCGACACCAUCGACAAUGUUAAGGCCAAGAUCCAGGACAAGGAAGGUAUUCCCCCGGAUCAGCAGCGUUUGAUCUUCGCCGGGAAGCAGUUGGAGGACGGUCGCACCCUUGCCGACUACAACAUCCAGAAGGAGUCCACGCUCCAUCUCGUCCUCCGUCUCCGUGGUGGGAUGCAGAUCUUCGUCAAAACCCUCACCGGCAAGACCAUCACUCUCGAGGUCGAGAGCUCUGACACCAUCGACAAUGUUAAGGCCAAGAUCCAGGACAAGGAAGGUAUUCCCCCGGAUCAGCAGCGUUUGAUCUUCGCCGGGAAGCAGUUGGAGGACGGUCGCACCCUUGCCGACUACAACAUCCAGAAGGAGUCCACGCUCCACCUCGUCCUUCGUCUCCGUGGUGGGAUGCAGAUCUUCGUCAAAACCCUCACCGGGAAGACCAUCACCCUCGAGGUCGAGAGUUCCGACACCAUCGAUAACGUCAAGGCCAAGAUCCAGGACAAGGAAGGGAUCCCUCCAGAUCAGCAGCGUUUGAUCUUCGCUGGGAAGCAGUUGGAGGACGGUCGCACCCUUGCCGAUUACAACAUCCAGAAGGAGUCCACGCUCCAUCUCGUCCUCCGUCUCCGUGGUGGGAUGCAGAUCUUCGUCAAAACCCUCACCGGCAAGACCAUCACCCUCGAGGUCGAGAGUUCCGAUACCAUCGACAACGUAAAGGCCAAAAUCCAGGACAAGGAAGGCAUUCCUCCUGACCAGCAGAGGCUCAUCUUCGCCGGGAAGCAAUUGGAGGAUGGGCGUACCCUCGCCGAUUACAACAUACAGAAGGAGUCCACUUUGCAUUUGGUGCUCCGAUUGAGGGGAGGGAUGCAGAUCUUUGUUAAGACCUUGACAGGAAAAACCAUCACUCUGGAGGUGGAGAGCUCGGACACCAUCGACAACGUGAAGGCUAAGAUUCAGGACAAGGAAGGCAUUCCUCCGGACCAGCAGAGGCUCAUCUUUGCCGGGAAGCAAUUGGAGGAUGGGCGUACCCUAGCUGAUUACAACAUUCAAAAGGAGUCAACCCUCCACCUCGUCCUUCGCCUCCGUGGUGGUGAUUUCUAGAUGCUUUUUCUAUAUGGUGAUAUCAUGUCGGCUUUGUCUAUGGCGGUUUGUUGGGUGUUAUGUCUCGCCUGCCUUUCUAUUGAAGUUUUCUUUGGUGUAUUUGUUCUGUCCCUUGGUUCUUCUCCUUAAAUAAGAAAGAACUUUUAGUAGCUAAAUCGAGUCCUCGGACAAAUGUAAUUCCCUUUUCCAUACCUAAAUGAAAAAUAAUGGCUUAGUUUGUUCAAA